UACAGUGCGUGUAUCAAGAAUUCGAACAGCCAAUAAUCACGAACGAAACGGCGUGACGUCAAAGUCCCGGUAGAAAAGGCGCGUUGGGUUUGCUCACGUUCGGAGAGGGAAGAGCGCAGGGAACCUCACUGUCUUCACUGGAUUAUACAAACCAAAAGUGUCCUCAACUCCUCCUCCUUCUCAGUUGCUUACAUGCUGAUCCUACUGCAUGCGGGACGAACAACAACAGCUAGUGCUGUAUAUGACAGGACAACCACCUCAUUUGUUAGAACAAACCUUUGAGUUGAUUUUUACCCAAGCUGAAGCCUACUGAAAUUGGACAUUUUUGGUGUGCGUGUGAUGACAAACUGUCGUGGAGGAGGUGAAGAGACGUGGAUGAAGAUAUAACCACUUGCAGAAUCUGAAUCGUCAUUGUAGUCGUUCCUCCCAGGCAUUUCGGGAUUAUAUAUUUUUUAUUCUUCGGCGAUGCAAUAACGGAUUUGUGUGUGUGUGUGUGUGUGUGUGUGUAAUGACCGGCGGCAGUCAUGCUCCAAAACUGAUUUCUGAAAAGACAAGAAAGAAAAACUGAACUCUUACACUGACAAAUGCAUGUCCAAAAUGUGGUAACUGAAAGUUACUCGCGAAGAAAUAGGAGGGUCCAGUGUCACACAUGUAGAGGGGCUUCAGUAGCUGGUAUGUCCUCAAAGCUCCGGAAUGCUCUCAUAGGCUAAACCGAUCUGGCUGCAUGUUUUGCGAUCUCACACUUCGAUGCAUUUAAAAGAAUCCAUCAGAAUACGGAGUUGACAUUUCUGAUAAACGAACACCGUUUAGACCGAUCAGAUCCUCCAAACGGGAAUUAUUUGAUGAGAGCGAGAGAGGCCAUAUGAACUGCACAGGGCUAGAAGUGCGUCUCACGGAAAUCUUGGGUUGCAGAUCUGACGGAAACACGUGCUAUUCGGUCUCAUCUGCGGCAACGAUGCUUUUCCACGGUCUGCCUGGAGGCGAGAUGCAUGGUGUUAUGGAAGAAAUGGAGCGGAGAGGAAAGAGCGAUUCGGCGACUAUCAGCUCGGCCAUAGAUAUGGGGGAAACAGAGACGAACAUGCCUUCGAUCAGCGGGGAGCGGGGGGCUCUGUGCGCGGGCUGCGGAGGGAAGAUCUCUGACCGCUAUUACCUGCUCGCCGUGGACAAGCAGUGGCACAUGCGCUGUCUGAAGUGCUGCGAGUGUAAACUCAACCUGGAGUCUGGAUUUCCAUUGAGCUGCAACGAAAAUGAUGGCGAUCCAAUGGACAGAGACUCGCAGUACAGCACCAGCCAGAAGACCAAGCGCAUGAGAACGUCAUUUAAACACCAUCAGCUGAGGACCAUGAAGUCGUAUUUUGCCAUCAACCACAAUCCUGACGCCAAGGACCUGAAACAGCUGGCCCAGAAAACAGGCCUCACCAAGCGUGUUCUACAGGUCUGGUUUCAAAACGCUCGGGCCAAGUUCAGACGAAACCUCCUGCGCCAGGAUAACACGGGUGUGGACAAGGCCUUGGAUGGGUCGACCCUGCCUGGAGGAACGCCGUCCGGACCGGCCUCGGAGAUUUCCAACGCCUCCAUGAGCCCAUCCAGCACUCCAACGACCCUCACAGACCUGACCAACCCCACAAUGCCCACUGUCACCUCCGUACUGACCUCCGUCCCGGGCAGCCUGGACGUUCACGAAUGCCGGAGUCCAUCGCAGAGCACCUUAACCAGCCUCUUCUGAUGCUCAGAUUACUCAGCACCUUCAUCUGCUUCCUCUAUUUGUGGAGCCACCUAAAUCAGAAAUCAAGCAUGAGCAUCGCUGACCAUGCUAGUCGUUCACAAACUACAUCUGUCUGAAACGUAAACCGAUCUACCUGGGCAUUUUUGUACAGGCCAGGAACUUUACAAAUGUGGCCAAUCCAAUUCAAAAGACUAUAAAGAACGAGACGUGAAAGAGAAACUCUUUGUUUAAAGUAUUGCAUUUUGGGGCAGACUCAAGUUUCACUGAAGGAUCUGUUGAUAAGAGAGUGAUUUGCAUUUUAUUUUCUGUUUUUUUUUUUUUCAUGUUUUCCCCCAACCAUGCUUACAGAGAGAGACAGAGCUGGGAAAUGCAUUUGUUCGUCAGCCUCUUAUU